AAGAAAUAGGAGUAGACCAUGUAACCCAAUUGAUCACUAGAUAUAAGGGACAAAAGAUCUAAACACUUUUCAUGAGGUGUAAAUGUAAUGCUGACUGUCUCUCCAAUUAGACACUCAGGAAUAUCACAUGUUAAUUUCAGUUACAAAACGCCUUAUAUGUGUCUAUGAAGUCUAGAGGAAAUGAUGGAGAAGUUGCGGUUUGAUAAGAUGGCGGCAGUGGCGGUGGCUGCGGUGGUGGCGGUGACGGUGAUGGCUGUGAUGGGAGAAGACCUCCAUAGGGUUGGAGGUUCUAAAGGAUGGCGUCCUGAUGUCAACUACACUGAUUGGUUUGCUCAUGAGAAGACUGUUUAUGUUGGUGAUUGGCUUAUAUUCUAUUUUGACAAGCGAUACUACAACGUUCUGGAAGUGAACAAGACAAGCUACGAGAAAUGCAUAGACAGAGAUUUCAUUAAGAACGUGACACGUGGCGGCCGCGACGUGGUCCAUUUGACGGAGCCGAGGGACUACUACUUCCUCUCCAGCGGAGGAUACUGCUUCCAUCAAAUGAGAGUUGCCAUCAACGUUGUUGCCAAAGAUGAGCGAAAAGACCAACCUGCCCCCAUUCUUGCAACUGCAUCCCCAUCAGCACCUUCUCAGUACUCUGCCUCUUCCACUAUUAUGUUCACAUGCAUUUGGAUUGUUCUUGUUAAUGUGGUUUAUGUGAGUUUGUUUAGUGAGAAUUAUUAGUGCAAACAUUGUUUUAUGUAAUUUUUUAUGGGCUCAUUAUUAUUAGCCACAUGUUUGUGUAUGCUAGCCCAAAAAUUUAUAUAGCAUAUGGUGGAACUAGUAGUAGUGUGAUAAAAAAGAAGCGAGAUU